UAGGUUACCGUCACGUGACUAAGUCGUGCCCAACGUCACGACUCUUUCCGGAAGCCCGCUCUGUGAUGAUGGUGGCCUCGUCCGUCUGGGAACAGGAAGAGGAUGCUUUCGUCCACUGACAGAUUAAUAUUACCCGAUUUUCAAACGUUGUGACAGAAUAUCCCCCCGUGGAAUUUGUUUUUUUCUUAACCGGGAGGGGUUUCCAUCGAUUAUCCCCAUCCUUUUCUGGAAGCGGCCCGGAGAAAUAUGUCGCUCUUCCAGUCGGCACUUGAUUUCCUCGCCGGGCCCGGCUCGUCCGGAGCGGCCAGCAGGGACCAGAAUGACUUCGUUGGACAAGUCGUGGAGCUCGGUGACAUGAAGUUAAGGAUCAAGCGGGUGAUCGCAGAGGGUGGAUUUGCUUUUGUGUAUGAAGCUCAGGACUUGAGUGGUGGCAAAGACUACGCCCUUAAGAGGCUGCUGUCCAACGAGGAGGAAAAGAACAAGGAAAUCAUCCAGGAAAUCUGCUUCAUGAAAAAACUGUCUGGUCAUCCAAACGUGGUUCAGUUCUGCUCCGCUGCUUCCAUCAGCAAAGAGGAGUCGGACACGGGGCAGGCCGAGUUCCUGAUCCUUACAGAGCUGUGCAAGGGUCAGCUGGUGGACUUCAUCAAGCGGGUGGAACAGAGAGCUCCUCUGUCAUGCGACACUGUGAUGAAAAUCUUCUACCAGAGUUGCCGCGCCGUGCAGCACAUGCACAAACAGAAGCCUCCCAUCAUACACAGAGACCUCAAGAUCGAGAACCUCUUGAUCAGUAACCAGGGCACCAUCAAGCUUUGUGACUUCGGCAGCUCCACCACGGUGUCGCAUUACCCCGACUUCAGCUGGUCGGCACAGAAGAGGUCCAUGGUGGAGGAUGAGAUAACGAGGAAUACCACUCCAGCAUACCGCACACCAGAAAUGAUCGACCUGUACUCCAACUAUCCCAUCAAUGAGAAACAAGACAUCUGGGCGCUGGGAUGCAUCCUCUACCUGCUGUGUUUUAAGCAGCAUCCCUUUGAAGAAGGAGCGAAGCUGCAAAUAGUCAACGGGAAAUACUCCAUUCCUCAGAAUGACGCCAAAUACACCGUGUAUCACGACCUCAUUCGUGCCAUGUUGAAGGUAAAUCCAGAGGAGCGCCUGUCAAUCACAGAGUUGGUCAACCAGCUGCAGGAAAUAGCAGCAGCUCGCAACGUCAACCCCAAAUCUCCAGUUACAGAGCUCCUGGAGCAGAACGGAGGCUUCGGCAACAACGGAGCGCAGCCGUCCACUCACAUCCACAACGUCCAAAACAACGCAGGUGUGUAUGAUCCUGAUCAGGCGGGCAGCGGUCUGUUGGAUAUCCUGAGGGGGGGGACGGAGCGUUUCCUGACCAACAUAAAGGACACGUCCUCCAAGGUCAUCCAGUCAGUAGCCAGCAACCCAAGCUACGCUAAAGGGGAUCUGGAUAUUUCCUACAUCACCUCCAGAAUAGCAGUCAUGUCUUUUCCAGCUGAAGGGGUGGAGUCAGCGAUAAAGAACAACAUCGAGGAUGUGCGUCUGUUCCUGGAUUCCCGUCACGCCGGACACUAUGCUGUGUACAACCUCUCCAAACGAUCCUACAGGCCUUCCCGCUUUCACAACAGGGUCUCAGAGUGUAACUGGCAGGUCCGGCGCGCCCCCAAUCUCCGCAGUCUUUACAACGUUUGCAAGAGCAUGCACCAGUGGCUGAAAAUGGACCAGAGGAACAUCUGUAUAGUGCACUGUUUGGAUGGCAGAGCUGCUUCAGCCGUGGCGGUUUGCUCCUUCCUGUGUUUCUGCCGCCUUUUCACCACGGCUGAAGCUGCUGUCUACAUGUUCUCCAUGAAACGCUGCCCACCUGGCAUCGCACCCUCACACAAGAGGUACAUCGAGUACAUGUGCGACAUGAUGGCAGAGGAGCCCAUCGUCCCCCACAGCAAACCCGUGACCAUCCGCUCCAUCGUCAUGACGCCCGUGCCGCUGUUCAACAAGCAGCGCAACGGGUGCAGGCCGUUCUGUGAGGUCUACGUCGGGGACGAGCGAGUCCUCAGCACAUCGCAGGAGUACGACCGCAUGAAGGACUUUAAGAUGGAAGACGGUAAAGCAGAGAUCCCCCUCAAUGUUCCAGUUCAGGGAGAUGUGCUGGUGGUGAUAUAUCACGCCAGGUCCACGCUGGGAGGACGCCUGCAGGCGAAGAUGGCAUCCAUGAAAAUGUUUCAGAUCCAGUUCCACACAGGAUUUGUUCCAAGAAACGCGACCACCGUCAAGUUUGCAAAGUACGACUUGGACGCCUGUGACAUUCAGGAGAAGUACCCAGACUUGUUCCAAGUCAACUUGGACAUCGACGUGGAACCCAGAGACCGACCCAGCACCAAGACGCCGCCGUGGGAGGGGUUUCAAACCAAGGGCCUCAACCCAAAGAUCCUCUUCUCCUCUCGGGACGAGCAGCAGGAAAUACUCAGCAAAUUUGGAAAACCUGAGCUUCCGCGGCAGCCGGGUUCCUCCGCUUUUUAUGACUCGGAGUCCCCACAGCCAGCUCAGACUCCGGACGACGCCAGCGCCACAGAACCAGAAUCUCCUGUGAGCAGCGACAGCAAUGCUGCCAACUUCUUUCAAACUCUGGACUGGGAGGAUUCCCGCGGCGCUCAGGAUGCUUCAGACAGCCAAAGAAGAGGAUCCCUGAACGAGCAGGAGGACAUGAGCGAUCAGUCUGAGGGGGAGUCGUACUCCUACUCGGCCCCCAGUGCUGAACCCCUGUCACGUGACCAAAGCGAACACCUGUUUGAUGCAGACUUCCAGACCCCACAAGAACCUCCUGCCGGUGACACCGCUGACCUCCUCGGGUUGAACUCUGACGCUGAACCUCCAUCUGCGUCUGCAGCCUCCUCGUCUGCUCCUCAUCAAGCAGAGCAGGGAGGAAUGAAGGCUGCCUCCAGCAACAGCGACCUCCUGAACGACCUGUUUGCGCCUCCUGCAGGUCAAACAGGUGCGGUGCAGGAGGAUUUGUUCUUCAGCGGCCCGACGAGUGAAGCCACUCCAGACUCAAAACCUGUGGGCGACCUCUUCGACCCAUUUGGGAUGGGCACCGGCUCCGGCGUCGGCUCCAGCGUCAGCUCAUCUCGACAAACGUCUGGAACGGACCUGUUUGGAGACCUGUUGGGCUCCGACAGUUCAGCGACCAGUGGGUUCAGCUCAGCUCCCAGCAAUCCAACCCCUGCUUCCAACAGCAGCCUCUUUAACCUCACAGAUAAGGUGGUGAAGGAUGUCCCUAAGAUGACGUCAUCGGCCAGCCAGCCUGACCUGCUGGGGGGGUGGGACAGCUGGACGGCUGGGGGCACCGCCGGAAAGAGCACGACCUCUAACAAACUGACUUUUACCAACACAGCUUCGGGUAUGUCUUCAAUGUCAAAAGCCAAAUCGCAGACUUUUGAUCCGUUUGCCGACCUCGGAAAUCUGAGCUCCAAUUUACCAGGUUCUUCCAGUGGUCAUUUUUCCGGGCCUUCCUUUAGCACAAAGCCUUCCUCAAAGCCUCAGACUCAACCCUGGCAGUCGGACAAACCCAUGGCGGCACAGAAUAAACCCUGGAUGGCUGCGUCUGGAUCCGCACCGCGAGGAGCGGCUCCGUCUGCAGCAUCGCAACCCACCAAACCCAACUACAACCUGAACUUCUCUAGUGUCAUCGGUGGAAGGGAGGAGAGGGGCGUUCGAGGGCCUGGGUUCGGCCCCAAACCAAAGGUGAAAGCCAGUGAUUUUGAGGACCUGGUGUCCAACCAAGGCUUUGCUUUCAAGUCUGAUAAGAAGGGACCAAAGACCAUCGCUGAGAUGAGGAGACAGGAGCUGACGAAAGACAUGGAUCCCCUCAAAUUACAGAUCCUGGACUGGAUUGAGGGGAAGGAGCGUAACAUUCGGGCCCUGCUGUCGACGCUCCACACGGUGCUGUGGGAGGGGGAAACUCGCUGGAGGCCCGUCAGCAUGGCUGACCUCGUGACCCCGGACCAGGUGAAGAAGUAUUACAGGAAGGCGGCGCUGGUGGUCCACCCAGAUAAGGCGACGGGGCAGCCGUACGAGCAGUACGCCAAGAUGAUCUUCAUGGAACUGAACGACGCCUGGUCGGAGUUUGAGAACCAGGGCUCCAAAGCACUCUUCUGAACGGCUGGCCUGGUCCGCAGCACAAACCCAGACCACGCCGGGCUGGAUUUGAACCCAGAGUUGAACUUCAGCAGGCUGGACUGGACUAAGCCCACAUUGGGCCUCAGACCCUCUGAGAGGCGUCUUCGCUGCCAUUCCCUCCUCCUCCUCCUCCUCCUCGUUCAGCUUCUUCUGCAACCAUCAAAAAGAAAAAACAAGACUUCCUGCCUGACGUUUGGCUGCAUCAAAACAUUCUCUCAUCAAGAUCUUUGCAAACCUCCUACCUGAAAUCACCGUGGAAAGAACUGGUGACAAUCACACUGAGAAUGGAAAAAAAACCUAAAAUGAUUAUUAGAUCUUUAUAUUUAAACAAAAAGAAGCCUGUAGCUCACUGAGGAACACAACAGCUGCCAUGAAGGUUCCCAAAAAAUCCUCCAAAAGGGAAAUCAUUAAAAACCUUUUUGUUUUUUUACAUUCCAACCACAGCAAAUGAAUGGCAAAAAAAAAAGACAUUGUGAACAUAUUUCAAAGUGCUGCUGCGUUUCUGUGGGUCACUGCUUGGUUGGGUACCUGCUGACACUAACGUUGCUGCUUCUCCCUUCAGAGUCACUGCUGCACAAACUCCGACGAGACUGAGAAAAUAAAAACACAAACCUCCGUUCCCUCUGUCUGUCUGUGAGUCCGGGUGGGCAGUCUGUUGUUCUUGAAGUGCCCUUUUGAUUACAACUCCUGCACGCUCUCAUGAGGGACGUCUGGGAGGAGCGGGGUUCAGGGUCGUGCUCUUACUGAAGUGCUCUUUUUACUGUAGCAGAAACCUUCUCCACUGGCCUGCAGAUGCAGCUCAUCGCUCUCAAAACUUUAAGCUCCACCCACCUCUGAGACCGACUUUCCUCCAUGACAUUAGUAAUAUCAUGUGGUUGUUCCUGGUUUUUAUGUUUUGGGUUGUUUCUGUUUUUUCGGAUGAUCAUCAGUUUAUUGUAAAUAUGAAUUCCAUCAAGUGGCUUCUUCCUUCAGACUCCAGUCUGAGGUUUGGACAUCCAGCUUGCAGGCUGAACUGUGUGAAUGUUCGUUUUCUCUAGAGUAUAUUCCCCGUCUGUCACCGCUUUGUUGUACUGUUUGAUUUGGUUCAGUCUUACUGUUUUUUUUUUUUUUUUUCCUUUUUGAGACAAAGAUGACAAAUUCCAGCUCCGGGGGCCAGAAAACCAGAGUUACAAGCUGAAGGGGAAGGAUAUAAAAAAAUAAAACCACUCAACAGUGUUUACUAAGUUAAAAAUCAUAUUAAUAUGAAUGUACAUUUUGAUGCAAAAAGAUAUUAAAAAUUCUUUUGAUCUGA